AUGUACAACAACAAAAACAACAACAACAAACAACACAUCACAAGGGCGAUAAUUGAGAUUAGACAGGCAGACAAACAACAACACGACAUCAACUCCAACACAAACAACCCACACAUACAUUUGCGUAUGACGUGUGGAGCAGACUGUAAUCAAACGGAGAGAAGUUAUCACCAACCACAUGAUAAUAACAGUAGCGCCUGCUUGCUCGGCGAUGUUGCAGACGAAGGGUACGAAAAACUGAAGCUCUGUUCAAUCACAGAUCUAGAUUACUUUGAUGCCGGACACGUGGAAAUCUGUUUGUACAUCUUAGCUGGUCAAAGUCAGCAGGGUCAGAGAAAAUCCUAUGUAGGUAGGAUUAGCAGCAACAACAAGGGCCUAUCUAUCUUAUACUCAAAAAGUCUUAACCCGGCUACACUGGUUCAACGGGUAGCUCGGCCAGCUCAGCAAGCGCCGAGAAACGCAUCUUGUGGCACAGUGAGAUACAUACAAACACUAUUAGCCAUUCACUUCAUCCCGAUUAUCUCCGGCCGUCGUCUCAACACUGUCCUGCUGUUGGUUACAGAUAGGCUGGGACGAGAAAAAAAAAUAUCUGGAAAUGAAAAGGACUUAGUCUCACCCUCAAAAUACAAGUGUACCAGGCAGUCAUACUCACUACGUCCAUCUACGUCUUUGAAACCUGAAUUAUAUAAAGUAGACAUCCUAUACAAUUUAAUCUCAUCCACAUCGGCUGUCUCCGGAAACUUCUCUACACCAAGUAGGCGCUCGCGAAGCCAUGCUCCUAUCAGGAGUUUAGGCAGUAGAGUUUCAACGUAUCUCAGAUGCUCAGAAGAAACGAGAACAACAAAAAACAGGGUCGCAGAUCCAAUAGCCCCUACAUAUUUGUGUACAAUUGUGGACGGACGUUCAGGGCCCGAAUUAGCCUCAUCAGCCACCUACACCAAUCUGAUGGUUAGGGUGCCAGAAACCGUAACGUCCCACGCCAAACAUCUACCAGCUCUUCAAGGGAUUAUGGCACAACCAUCCGGGCGCUUACCAUCAUGCGCUGGAAUGCCAGAUGAAAACAGCUUCAAAUCUUCUGAUACGAUCAUGUUCCCGAUUCGGUUGUCCUUGAAAAGCAAGUGCAUGGAUUUAUACUUUUCAUACAAACUCGAACACUGUCAGCAUUUGGAACCCAGGAAAGAUGGCAGUCUGGCUGUCCUCCACUGUUCGUUUCUUACUUUCUGGGUCCAGGCACUUAGUCUCCCAAACAAACGGCGAGUCCGAAGAUGCAGAAUAAGAUUAAAAAAUAUGGAGGUCGCCAUGUUUUGUUCAAAACUGGAUGCGUCAAGCAAGAUAUAUGACAGCCCACUAACGAACGGAAAGAUGAGAAUUGUUUUAUAA